AUGGCGGAGAAAUUGAAAGACAUGGAGAAAGACGGCGAGCGAUGGACGGCCGGGAUCUCUAAUCUUACCGAGAUCUCGCAAAAUAUCGACUCUCUGCAGCGGCUGCUGAUUAAGAAAGCCGUUUACGUCGACGGUGAAACCUUCGCCAAAGCUUCCCUUAGCUCCGAGCAAGCCCGCACGAUAAAGAUACUUGAGCAGAGGGUGGAGACCUUAGAAAGAGAACUUGAUGCUGCCAUAUCGGCUGCUGCUCGUGCUCGUACUGAAAAACGUCAGGCUGAAGCAUCACAGAAGGCUGCUGAACUACGUGCCCUAGAAAUUACAAGAGAAUUGGAAAACACGACAAAAGUAUUUGGACUUCACAUGGAGGAGUUGCGUGCAAAGCAAGAGGAGAUUUCUAAACGGGAUAAAGAGAUAAAACUUCUCGAGGCUAUAAUACAGACACUUGGCGGCAGAGAGUCACUUUCAGCACAAUGCUAA